CCUCAUCGGAUCCUGCACCCUCAUCUUCACAACCCUCAGUUCCCAAUCCCGAAGCCUCUGCAACCACAGCAGUCCAAGACACCUCCAUCCCACCUUCCGCUGAAGCACCAACAACACCCACGGCUCCUUCAAGUCAAGCCAGUGCUCCGCCCAGUUCAUCUGCGGCAUCAGCCACCUCCGCAGUGUCAGCAGGAACUAGCACGGGCCCGGGAAACUCCAGCUCGUCUCUCCACACCUUUCUCGGCCAUAUCGUGAACAAUGGCAACCUCCAGACGCUGGGGAAGAGUCUGGCGAAUCUAGCCCAUGGGAGAGAUAAUGAGCUGUGUGGGUUGACACGUGAUGGCCAGGACCCGUUGAUAAUAUUGGGAAACAUGGCUGAAAGCACACCGGCGAGUGGAUGGACGGUCGGAGUGAUGUAUAUUCUACCUGCCCGGUUGUGGUACUCUGGGAACGCGCCACCGGUGCCAAUGUCGUUUAUCGCUGAGUUUUGUCGUCGAUUUGACCAGACUCAGGCGAGGUUGGUCGCAGACAGAGUAACUCCGUUGGCAAGGGGUAUUGUGUAUCGAGCAGAAGCUCUUGGAAACAUCAAACUAGCUAUCCCACCGCUCCAUAACUUGUUGAGCCGCUAUGCUCCUUCAUUGAGCUACCUCACGACCAUUCAUCCUAUCUUUUUGACAGCCUGCGUCCAAACCAAAUCCUACACUGCCGCCCUCCCCGUCCUCUCCACCCCCAUCACCGAAAUCUCAAACUCCACCACGCCAUCACCCUACUCCCCCGGCUCCGAAUCCGCCUCUUCACAAGUCCCGCUCUCCCCAGAUCUGACCUACCAAGACCAUCUGAUCUACCACUACCUCGGAGGUAUCGCCCUCGCCGCGCUCAAGAAAUUCAAACUAGCCGAGGAGUUCUUCGAGAUCUGCGCUAGUGCGCCGGUAGGACUGCCUUCGAGCUCUUCCGGGAGGAAUGGCGGUGGGAACAAUGGCAGCCAAGGUAAUAAUGCUGGAGGGGCAAGUGAAGGAGCGAGUGGUAGUGGAAGAGGAGGGGCUGCAUCGAGGUUUGGAGCUUCGAGUAUGAAUGUCAUGGCUCCUAUGGGCCGUGGAAGUGGUGGUGCGGGAGGAGGUGGAGAUGGUGGUGAGGGUAGAGGUGGAGGGAACGGAGAGAGGGGCGAGAGGGGUGGUGAGGCGAGUAUGUUGCAGUUGGAUGCGAUGAAGAAGUUGGUACUAGUCCAACUCAUCCUCUACGGCCAGAGCAAGCCUCCGCCUCGGUACACGUUUCCGACUAUCACUAAUAGUAUCCGCAAUUCGGUCUAUGGGGCUUUCGCAAAAGUAUACCCGGGCCCUUCUCGGCCGCUAAUGCAGAUUGUCAACAAGGAAGGCGGCGUUUUUGACAGGGACGAAAAUGCAGGCCUCGUCAAACAGGCUCUAUCCCGUGCUCCUCGAUGGGCCAUCAAGAAACUCACAGAGACCUACCUAACGCUGGGUUUGCGCGAGAUCGGAGCCGCCGUCGGGGUCGGGAUACCUUCUAAUGCUACACCUGUAACCGGUGGAGAUGGUGGAGAGGGAGAGGGUUCUGGGGCGAGUAAAGAGGUGAAGUGGAAAUCGGAGGAUGUGGACGUUGAGAUCGUGAGGGGCAUUGUGCUUGACAUGAUCGAACACAAGGAAAUCAACGCUUCCAUCUCAGCAGAUGAUACGGUCACUUUCGCCGACGAUAUCCCUCUACAAGUCUCAAAAUCGGACGUAGACAGGGCUCUGGCCGAGGCACAGAGGCAGGAGGCGCUCCUCAGAGAAGUAGAGGGCGCAUUGGGCAGGAGCCGAGAUUGGUUGGCGAAGGCUAUGCGAAGUCGAGACGAGCCCGGUGGUUUGAGCACAAUGAUGAACACCUCGAAUAUGGGCAUGCAGGAGGACGACCUGAUGUCCGGUAUUAUGGGGCCAGGAGGCAGCGGCACAUGGGACGACUAGGGGUGGCGUUUUGAAGGGGGAGGGGAGCGCUUACUGGCGAAAUAUACGAGAAGGCUGACGUGCUCUGGCCGUAAGCAGUAUAUACUACUGCAUCGAGGAUGCUUAUUCAAGGCUGUCAGAAGAAAUGUGUCCGGUCGUUGGGGCGGCGCUUGCUAACCAAAAAGUCGUGUAACAACUCUGUGUUUGUUUUGUUUUCUUGUCAUUUCCGUCUCGUCAGUCGCACGUGUCAAUUGC